CCCUUCUUCAGUCAAACGCCUAUAAAUCAUCGUCUCCAACCUCCCAAAGGGUGCUUAAUGAGAAGAAGAAAAUAGGAGGAGAAAAAAAAAAAAAAAAACCCUAGUGAUGGGAAGAUCUCCUUGUUGUGAGAAAGCUCAUACUAACAAGGGUGCAUGGACAAAGGAAGAAGACGAUCGGCUCAUCGCCCACAUACGAGUGCAUGGGGAAGGGUGCUGGAGAUCCCUUCCCAAGGCUGCCGGCUUGUUAAGAUGCGGUAAGAGCUGUCGCCUCCGUUGGAUAAACUAUCUCCGGCCUGAUCUCAAGCGGGGCAAUUUCACCGAAGAGGAAGAUGAGCUCAUCAUCAAGUUACAUAGCCUUCUGGGAAAUAAGUGGUCACUGAUAGCAGGGAGGCUUCCAGGGAGGACGGAUAAUGAAAUUAAGAAUUAUUGGAAUACACAUAUUAGGAGGAAGUUGUUGAGCCGUGGAGUUGAUCCGUCCACCCACCGACCGAUCCAUGAGCCAAUCUCAGACAUCACAAUCUCUUUCGGAAAAGAAGAAGAGAAAGUGGUCACAUUUGAGAGGUCAGCAGUGGUGGAGGAUAAGAUGAUGAAUAGCCAAGAACAGUCGCACCGGUGCCCGGACCUCAACUUGGAGUUGUGCAUCAGCCCACCUUCUUACGAGCAGCCAACUGAGCCAUUGAAGAGAGAGAAGAGCCUUUGCUUUGCUUGUAGUUUGGGUUUGCAAAAGAGCAAGGAUUGUAGCUGUGGUGGGUUCCUAGGACUCAAGACAGGAGUGUUAGAUUAUAGAAGCCUGGAAAUGAAAUGAGGUUGGAUUGAAAUUGGAAUUGGAAAUUGAAAUUGAAAUGUGUACUAGAAAAGAGAGAGACGAAGGAAAAGAUUAUUACGUGCGUGUGAAUCAUUCUAUUGUCUCUUUCUUCUAUUUAUGUAAUUAUCUGGCAUAUAAUACAAGUAGAUUACAUACCCCUCUCUCUCUCUUAAAAUUCAAAUCUAUGUAGAUUCUGAUUGAAAAAUAUGAAGGAAUGUUUGCUCA